AUGAAAGUAAACUCAAAGAUAACAAGAACAAGCACAUUAAAGACAUCCACAAUUGCAGCAAAAAUAACAACUGCAACAUCAAGAACACGACCGACAUCAACAACUGCAGAACCUAAAAAAUCAACCAUCGUGACAUCACCACUGAAAGCAAUAAUCACAUGGUUAACAUCUACAACCACAGCAACAACAACACAGACAACAACAACGACGGUAAAAAAACCAACAAUCACAAUAAAGGCGACAAAAAGGUCAACGACCACAACAAAGGCAACAAUAAUGUCAACAGCCACAACAGUCGCUACAAAGGCUACAACAACAUUAUCAACAAUACGGUUGACCCCAACAAUCACAACAAAGGCGACAAAAAGGUCAACGACCACAACAAAGGCAACAAUAAUGUCAACAGCCACAACAGUCGCUACAAAGGCUACAACAACAUUAUCAACAAUACGGUUGACCCCAACAAUCACAAUACCUAUAGCAUCAAAAAUUACGCAAGCAGCGAACAAGUCACCAACAGUAAGAAAGGUGAUAAAAAGAACAAUAAUCACAAGUACAUGGUUAACAUCCACAAUCACCCCAAUAACAAUGUCAAGAGCACCAACAAGUACAACAGCCGCUACAAAGGCAGCAACAUUAUUAACAGCAACACGACCGACAUCAUCAACCACAAUACCUAUAACUUCAAAAAUUGCGACAGCAGCAACUAAGGCAGCACGCGUAUGGGUGUGGGUGUGGGCUUUGAUAUGGGGUGUGGGUGUGGGUUUUGAUAAUGGUCCUAACAAGGUCAAUCUAACUGCUUCAAAUAAAAAACAAGCAGGACGUGCUAAUUCUGAGGUCAAACAGACAUUAGUUGAUGAUGAAGCUGGUGUUGAUCAAGAAGAUGAAGAUCAAUGGGUUACACAACAAAAAUCAUCACCACUAACAUCAUCAUCAUUAUCAAAUUGUAAAAUUGCAUAA